AUGGACCAUGACAGGGUGAACAUUAUGCACCAGUACAGGGUGAACAGUAUGGACCAGGACAGGGUGAACAGUAUAGACCAGAAAAUUGUAAAGAGUAUGGGCCAGGACAGGGUGAACAGUAUGGACCAGGACAGUGUCAACAGUGUGGAACAGGACAGGGUGAACAGUAUGGACCAGGACAGGGUGAUCAGUAUGGAGCAGGACAGGUUGAACAGUAUGGACCUGGAUAAGGUGAACAGUAUGGACCAGGACAGGGUGAGCAGUAUACGCCAAGACAGGGUGAAAAGUUUGGACCAGGACAGGGUGAACAGUAUGGACCAGGACAGGGUGAACAGUAUGGACCAGGACAGGGUGAACAGAAUAGACCAGGAGAGGGUGAACAGUAUGGGCCAGGACACGGUAAACAGUAUGGACCAGGACAGGGUGAACAGUAUGGACAAGGACAGGGUGAACAGUAUGGACCAGGAAUGGGUGAACAGUAUAGACCAGGACAGGAUGAACAGUAUGGACCAGGACAGGGUCAACAGUUUGGACCAGGACAGGGUGAACAGUAUGGACCAGGACAGGGUGAUCAGUAUGGACCAGGACAGGGUGAACAGUAUGGACCAGGACAGGGUGAACAGUAUGGACCAAGAGAAGGUGAACAGUAUAGACCAGGACAGGGUGAACUGUAUGGACCAGGAUAGGGAGAACAGUAUGGACCUGGACAGGGUGAAAGGUAUGGACCAGGACAGGGUGAACAGUAUGGACCAGAACAAAAUGAACAGUAUGGACCAGGACAUAGUGAACUGUAUGGACCAGGACAGGGUGAACAGUAUGGACCAGGACAAGGUGAACAGUAUGGACCAGGACAGGGUUAACUGUAUGGACCAGGAGGGUGAACAGUAUGGACCAGGACAGGGUGAGAAGUAUGUACCAGGACAGGUGAACAGUGUGGACCAGAACAAAGUGAACAGUAUGGACCAGGACACGGUAAACAGUAUGGACCAGGACAGGGUGAACAGUAUGGACCAGGACAGGUUGAACAGUAUACACCAGGACAGGCUGAACACUAUGGAUCAGGACAUGGUGAAUAGUAUGGACCAGGACAGGGUGAAAGGUAUGGACCAGGGCAGGGUGAACAGUAUGGACAAGGACUGGGCGGACAGUAUACACCAGGACAGAGUGAACAGUAUGGAUCAGGACAUGGUGGACAGUAUGUACCAGGACAGUAUAAACACUAUGGACCAGGGCAGGGUGAAUAGUAUGGACCAGGACAGGGCGAACAGUAUGACUAAUGACAGGGUGAACAGUAUUUACCAGGACAGGGUCAACAGUAUGGACCAGGAGAGGGUGAACAGUAUGGACCAGGACAGGGUGAACAGUAUGCAGCCUGACAGUAUGAACAGUAUGUACCAGGCCAGUGUGAACAGUAUACACCAGGACAGGGUGAACAGUAAGACCAGGACAGGGUAA